GCUUUUCUUGAGUGUUUCAGAGGUCUCCACGUCUCAUUCACAUUGCUUUCCUUAGAGCUAAUGUUUCAGGCCUUGUUGCCAGACAUACGCCGGUGACUCCAAACUGGGAAGAUGGCUGCGGUGGAGCGUCCCCCAGUCAAGGAAGGGGUCCGGAUAGCGUUACUCUGUUUCUGUUGGUAUACGGUUAGUUCGGGAGGAAACGUCGUUAACAAAAUUAUUCUUAAUGGAUUCCCUUAUCCUGUCACCGUUUCUCUCUUUCAUAUAUUCUCAAUCGUCGUCUUCCUACCACCGUUGUUGCGGGCAUGGGGAGUCCCCAAAACAGAAGUACCAACUAAAUACUAUAAAUGGUAUAUUCUUCCUUUAGCUUUUGGGAAAUACUUCGCAUCUGUAUCGGCCCACUUCAGCAUAUGGAAGGUACCGGUUUCCUACGCACACACUGUCAAAGCCACAAUGCCAAUAUGGGUUGUGCUGCUGUCCAGGAUUAUCAUGAAGGAGAAACAGACAACAAAAGUGUACAUGUCUCUCAUCCCCAUCAUUGGAGGAGUGCUUCUGGCCACCAUGACCGAGUUGUCCUUUGACGUGUCUGGGUUAGUCAGCGCCCUGGCUGCCACACUCUGCUUCUCCCUGCAAAACAUCUUCUCCAAAAAGGUACUCCGGGACACCAGGAUCCAUCACCUGCGACUCCUCAACAUCCUGGGCUUCAACGCCGUGUUCUUCAUGGUGCCCACGUGGGUUCUGGUGGACCUCUCCUCCUUCUUGGUCGAGGGGGACUUUACGGGCGUGUCGGAGUGGACCAGCACCAUCCUCCUCCUGUUGGUCAGCGGCUUCUGUAACUUUGCCCAGAACGUCAUCGCCUUCAGCGUCCUCAACCUGGUCAGCCCGCUGAGCUACGCAGUGGCCAACGCCACCAAGAGGAUCAUGGUCAUCAGCAUAUCGCUCCUGAUGUUGCGCAACCCUGUCAGCUCCACCAACAUCAUGGGCAUGAUGACCGCCAUAGUUGGUGUCUUCCUGUACAACAAGGCAAAAUAUGAUGCCAACAAGGAAGCGAAGAAGAAACUGCUGCCCUCCUCCAAGCAGGACAUGGUGUCUUUUGACAAUUUGGGACUGGGCAAGGAACAGCCCAAUGGCUCGGUGGCUCUCCCCCACGGUUCAGACAUUCAGUACGGUCGAAGCAGCGUGCUUACCGACCACUUUCAGUACAGCCGGCAGGCCUACACAAUGAACUACAGCUCCUCCGGCCCCCAUUAUGUGGUUUAGGCCCGGGGAUGAGCGGCUCGGACAUUUUCUGUCAAUUUCCUGUAGCUUUCCUAAACUCCUCCGGCAGAACAGAAAGGCAAGUGCAUCGCUAGAAGAGGGAAGUAUCAAUCAUGGGCUGGUCAAUGUUUUGUCCUGAACAUGUUCUCUAACAUUAUCUUCGCCUUCUUGUGUUGUAUUCCUUUUUUUGUAUGAACAAUUGAAUGGUUUAUUUCAGUAUGUCUGUAUUUGUCAGAGGUUUAUGUCCACGUUGACCGUUAGAGGUCCAGCUUUGUGUCUCGGUCCCAAAUGAGGGUCAAUAUCUAAUUUCAUAACUUGUAUUGGUGUCGAUCUUUCCAAUUAUUUGUGACUGCGACAUACUAUUGGGUCUACACAACGGAUGGCUUGGACCGUAGAUUUAUCUGACAAAUGGUGACACUGGACAGAACUGCCUGUGAGUUGUUUUUGUCUGCCUGCUGAUGAAGGAAUGUUGCUGUAUUCCUUUUACUGUGGGAGCUUGCUAAUGUGGGAAUACUUGUUACUGUAGCUUCAACGGUCCAAAUAAAUAGAAUAUACUUUUUAGUGUACAUAUAUCAAAGUACAUCUUUUGCAUAAAUUAUCAUGCCCUCAUGCCUUGUUAAUCAGGUUUGUGUUGGUUAAACUGACAGACAGUUUUAUCAUUGAAGUUUUCAGAAAGUUUUUGUGUUUUGCCAAGUAUGGCUGCAUUUGACCGUCUACAUGUGAAAAAGAUUUGCCCAGAAGAGAUCCUGGUUUCACUAAGUAGUUGUGGAGGCAUGGCAUGAACACACGGCUAAAGAUACAAAAUAGAAUCACUCAUUCUCUUUCUAUAUUUACAUUUGUCAUUUUAAUCGAUGGAAUAUCUGAUUUUGGGUAGCUGUGUAACAUGGGGGAUGAGAGAUUCUGUUAACUGUGUUGGACCGGGUUUUAUGAGUCAUAGCUCCUUUGAUCAGGCACUGCGAAGAACUCUCCUUUUCUGUUCUCAUCUCAUUUUCUGUAUUCAAUCUUAAAUCAUCUUGUUGUGAUCGAGGAACAGCAGUCCCCCCCUGCUUCGGAGUCAUGCAGCCACAGGGAGCCUCAGACGUUUUUAAAGACAGAUGUGGGGCACUUAAACUGGUUAAAGGAAUGUUCCCCGGCGUGUUUUUCUGGACGCAGCGGGUGGUUAGCGGGAUUGCGUUAAUGGAAGAACAUUAGCAAACGAAAAACACUUUGACGGGUGUGUGCGUUGUCUGUUCCCAGCCCCGCUGGUUUGUGCCUACAACAGCUGGUCCCGCCUGUCACAAGCAGCCAUUUAUCAGCCGUUGGAAAGGCAAAGGGCACCAGCUCUCAACCAAUAACAGGACUAGUACACGGCCACAGUGGGCAUAACACAGCAAAAUGUGAAAUUAGGCAGACACGCACACCUUUAGCAGGUGCAGACUAACUGCCUGUCGUGUGUGUCCUCGAUCAUACAGUGCCGGCUGUACAACACGAGUCACUGAACGUACCGGUCCUCAGUCUGUGUUUGCACUGGACACUUUCCAUCUCCCGGGGGGAGGGGGGCGAUUGCGUCCACUUGAGCCCCUCCCCAAGAGUUUCUGCCCCAUGUGUUUGUUUUUGCUUGUUAAUUUGCAUCAAUUGGAAAAAUGGGGACACGUUGAGAAAAGGAAAAUAAAAGGUUUGUUUUGUGAAAUUAAGUUCUCUUGUGCCAAAACACUGGGAAAGGCCACCGCGGUGUCUUCGGGACUGUGGGGACUUGGUUCUUCCCCUGAUAUUCACCAGAUAACACAACACAUGAAUCUGCCCUCAAUCCGGAGAUUCGUGUCCUCAUUGUAUUGUGUCCUGUUGUGUAUGUUGUUUAUCGCUGACAGACCCUUGUGAGUGAGUGAGUGAGUGGGGGGGGGGGUUACCUUGACAAAUAAAGGUGAUUCUGUUUAUUCAAUUAUAUUUGAUAAGGCUUGUUAUCGCUCUGCAGCCAGGGGUCAUUGCGGGCGCCCACCAUUAAACCCUUAUAGGCUGUGGGUUGGAGCGGUAAAUGCCCCAGAGCAUUUCUGGGGCUGACAGAAAUGCUCUUGUUUCAUGUAGGAAUGCCUACUUUUUAAAAUUCCCUGUGCUGGGGUUGGGAUGAGCUGAGAUCAGGAAAUCCACCCGAAUGCUCUUUACAGAUGUGUUGUUUUUUUAAACUACGGAGGAGUCAUGUUUUGGAGGGGAAAUAAACAAGCUUUUGAGCUCAACAGAAUGCCUGCGGGAGCUGUUUUCACAGUCCUCAAUGUUCUGAAUGAGAUCUGGACUGUGAUUCUGAGGAAGAAAAUGCUUGGAAGGUUCCUUUUAAGUUGUUCAUAAAUCAAUACAAUGUGUGUCAGAGAUGGACUCGUGGGUGUGGGAAUUUUUGUUACCAUAUAUCCUCCAGCUCUAGACCAGCAAUGUUACCCACCCCAUUAACCUAAAUGUUGUCUUUGUUGAAUAUAACAUUUCUAUUUAUAGUUUACAUUAUUUUUGUUCCCCAGCACAUUCAAGCAUUUUAAAGUUGCUCUCGGGUCCCGAUUGAUCAGCCAGUUCAGUUUGCCAAGCACCUACCAAAAACGCAGUGUUCUGAAAAAAGUGAGCUCACCCUCUCCAGCACAUCACAUCCAAUCACAAACACUCUUAGGUCCUGGUGGCAGAUGGGCUUUUUUAUUGGGGGGGGGGGGGUGCACUGCUGUUUCUUACAAAUGGUUGUCCCUUCAACUGGCAGGAUUGACGGUCAUGUGACCAAAGUUGCGGUUGAAGUAAAAACAUUUCCAUACAGUAGGAAAGUGUGAUCUAACUUCAUUUAAUGCAUGUUCAACUCUAUUGGACUGUGACAACAUGCGAAGAUUUGGGAUAUUAUUAUUAUUUUUUUUUUGCUGAUUAACAGAAAUACCAAUUAUAUAAUUAUUUACAUUCUGACACAAGGUGCCAAAUUAAAGGAGCUAUCUAAUUCAAGUGCAACACCAUUUUUUGGGAGUGGGGGUUGGUCUUAAGUCCUGUUCAUUCAGUAGCACAGAGUGGAAUCUCGUGGAUUAUGUAUAUGUUCAAAUGAAUGUAAAGCCUAAUAGGUGUGUGUACAUUAAGCUAAUGGGUAGCAUUUUGAACAUGAGAAUUUUAGAGACUCAAUUGCAGCAUACGCUUGAAGGUCGUAGGUGGAACAUGCGUUUGGGUGGCUGGGGGUAUUGUUUUGUAAAAGGUUGUGUAAAUUAAGUUUUCUUUGUCUACAGGAUCUUUAAAAACUGAAUUUUUACUGAACCAAUGUUUAUAGAUUUUUAUUUAUGGUGUCUAGGUACUGAAAAGUGUACAUAAAUGCAAACGUGCAGUCUUGUCUGCUUACAUUUAGAAAAUACUAUUUUUUAAAUGUCAAAAAAAUAAAUGCAUUGUGAAAUUUA